AUGGACCUAGCGCACAUUCGCUACAGCGUCGUCAAAUUUCUGUUAUUCUUUUGCCUAACAGCCCUAAUUGUCUUCCUAAUACUGAACCCGAACAUUGCAAAGCCUCCGGACGAAAUGUUCAUUCAAAGUGACGUCAUCAUAAAUCGAGGAAAAGGUGAGAAAUCUCCGGAAUCCCCGAACAAACUGGAUUUGAUGGAGAAUGAGGCCAUGGAAAACGUUGUGAAUUCGAAUGAAGAUCCGAUUUUUGGCCAGAAAAAGGAUAAGGACCGGGUUGAUAAAGUUGACGCGACAAAACAAUCUGUAGCCGAAAAAAUUUUUACUCGGUGAGUUGAAAAGCCUUGACAUGUCUUUGCAACGUGCGGUCGGCAUCACGAAAUGUCUUUGCGCGACAACUUGGUCCGAAGAGGAGCCCUAACGAAGAGGACACCUUGACGAAAAAGAUGUGACAAAUUAGACCAAGGUGGAUUUUUUACGAGUGAUUUUUUCGGGUUGCCAUUGGUUUGCUAAAAAAAUAUUCUCUGAUAGAAACAUCCGCCUUGUCCCCCUUUACCAUACCACUUUUCGGCAGAGCCAAAAAAUCAUUCUUAAAAAGUCCGGCUUGCUUCCCUCUUACCAUACAAUUUUUUCACCUGGGUCCCACGUCAAUCCAAAAUAAAAAUAAAAAUCCCGCCCCUUUUUGGUGAUUCGUUCAAAACGAAAUGUCACUAUCGAAAAAACGCAUUUUCUUAUCUUUCUUCUUUCUUUUCGAGAAAAAGCAAUUAUUUCGGGCGAGAAAAGGUGCCGAUAACUUCACGACAUUUCGUCUCUCUUUUAAAUCAAUGAAAACGAUACGAAGUUUCGAAACAGUUCAGGAAAUGCGCUGGAUUGACGUGGGUCCCCUAUAUUCGCCCUGGUGCCCUCUUCGCAAAUCAACUAUUUUGUACUGUGCGUGGUCGGCGUGGACAGUGCAAUUCGCCUCAUUGCGCCUUGCCGCGACGCUCACGCAGCAAAGGCAUAUCAAGAAUUUUGGACCAUAUUUAGCAAAAGUACCCAGAACAUUGAUGCCACAACCACCUCCAAAGGCAAUGCAGAAACAACGAAGAAAUUAAUGGUAGCAACCACUGAAAAGCCAGAUACGACGCUAAGCAGAAUGACAACCGAUGCGACUGCUACAAAAACAGUUACAAAGGCAAUGACACCGGCCAUCAAUUCGACAAAAAAUUCGAGUGGUAGGUUUUUCCCCGCCGUUAUUUUUCCGGCCGACUGAUACAGGGUGGGGCAUCUUUGUGGCUUGAUUUGAAUUGGCUAUAACUUUUUUGGUUUUUGGCCAAAUCUUAAAAUUCUGUUUUUUCCUUGAUCCUCAGACUGUCCCCAUUUUGUUUAAUACCAAAUUUGUUAUAUAUAUAUAUACAUACAUAUAUAUAUAUAUAUAUAUAUAUAUAUAUAUAUAUAUAUAUAUAUAUAUAUAUAUAUAUAUAUAUAUAUAUGGGAUUUCCUUGUGAAUAAUGGAAAUUAGAGCUUUUUGUUUGUAAUAGUUAAUUUUUGAUGUAGGAUAAUAAAUGGGUAUAACAUAUGUGGUACUAAACAAAAUGGGGACCUCUGGGUAUUCAGGGGAAAAAGAGUUUAAAGAUUUGGCCAAAAACUGAAAAAGUUAUAGCCAAUUCAAAUCGGGCCUGUAUUUUUUUCUCUUCAGAAACUUCCAACGAAGUCCGCCAAUCUCCACUGGAGGUCUCCAAAAACUUUACCCGAAUGAUACUGGCCAGCCAGCCCAAAUCGGCCAACUCCACCCAACUCCGCUCAAAACGAAAGCCGGAGGUAAAAAUCACCGAGUUGAUGGACAGAUACGCGUCGGGCGCGCUCCGAAUCGACGACCUGAUGGACAUUCUGGAGGGCUCUUCGCCCUCGACCGACGACGAAGAGGCGAUUGUCGAGAAGCCGGAGGCGGUUUUGGAGUUCGAAAAGGACUUGAAUUUCACACAAGUCGAGAUGGAGUUCAAAAAUUUCCGACUGAACUUUAGCAUGACGACAAAUUUGGAGAGCGACUGCGAAAACGCGACAGCGAUCGUGAUGAUCAUGUCGACGGGCGCGAAAAACGAUUACUUUCAACGACUGCUCAUACGGUACACGUACUUGGGAAAGGUAAAAAAAUUUGUCCAGAUGGCGUGUUAUCGGUCUGUCGGGAAAAUAAUGAGCAUGUGUCGCAGCGAAAAAUGUGAUCGAUGCCGAGAAAAUGAAUUGUGUCGCGGAAAAAAUCAAAUUGCUUUUCACUUCAGCGACGCGAUCGGUAAGAACAUUGUGCUCAUUAUUUUCCCGACAGACUGAUAAAAAAAUUCGUAGAGGCUUGAUCGCGGGGCCGCACCGUGCAAAAAACAUCUUGCACUGUGCAACCGAAACAUUUCCCGGAAAAAAUUUCAACGCUGUCGCUGCGACGCGUCGAUGAAUAAAAAUGCACAGUGCAAAAAUUGUCCGAAAAGCCCGCAACGUUUGCUCAUUAUUUUCCCGGCGAUCCUUUGCGUCCCAACUUUUCGGAAGGGUCGACACAAAAUAGAUCGAUACGGGGGCGUAGGGCAGGUCGAUACUCAAAAAAAGGUUGUAAGAAGUGCCUACAAAUCCCGGCAAAGCCGUUGAAUGGUCGGCGGACUCUCGGCGAACGUUCGGCGAAGACUUGCAAUAUGUCGCCUUUUUCUAAUUUUAGCUAUACUAACGUUAGUUUUCUUUACCCUGAGUUAUUGUAACAUAUAAUAGACCAAAAUUUCGGAGAAAAAACGAAGAUCCAGAACUUUUAUCUAGACGUUAUUGUUGUGAGUACAUGUAAAAUGUCUCAAAAUAGGUGAUAAGCUGUCUUAGGACCCGAUCAAUCUCAUCAUUUCUACUAACUAAGCCUUCUCCAAGCCUCCCCUAUGCAUACAGCGACGAACCGAGGCGAUCCAUAGUAUCGUCGACCAAACUGUCGCUGACCCAAAAAGUCGUAGCGCCGUCACGAAAGCCGUAUUUUAGACUGCUCCAAAACAUGUUUGUCAUCGCUUCGUGAUCGGCUUCCAACCGGAGAUGGAUAUUGCGCCCUUGAAAAAAGAAAUGGCCGAAUUCAAGGACAUUGUCUACUACAAUGUCUACGACACGUAUCGUCGCAACUUCAUAAAAUGGUUCACAAUGUACGCAUGGCAGCAGAGGUAUGCGAGCGACGUGCCGAUUUUGUUCAAGUUGGACUCGGACACGGCGAUUGACUUGAAACGGGCGUUCCAUUGGAUUCUGAGGAGAUUUGACACAGGCUUGAAUUUGGAUGAUGGAUGGAUCGUAUGCGAAAAAAUGGAGAAUCAACAGCCGGUCAGAAGUCCAAAAACUAGCGCGUGGUAAGUGGAACCGCACUGCAACCCAGGGAGUCUCCCGCCUCGUUUCGGCACUGGCACACCCAGUAUCGGUCAAAUGCACACGAAAUGUCACAGCAGAAUUUUUCGUGUGGUUUUUCGACGGAAAAAUCUUUUUCUCGAAAUUAUUUUAUUGCUUUUGCAGUUGUGACACUUCGUUUGGACGAAACUCAAAAGUGGGCGGGAGACAUUUUUUUGAUUUCGGUUUGCCGUGCGCCGUCUUCUUCUAUCAGUUUGUCGGGAAAAAAGCGGCCCCACACUUGCGGGCAGCCAUUUUGUGGGCAGCUAGAAGAACCACAGAGAUUCUGUGGGCAUGCUUGGAAAUCAGCUAACAUUUGCUUACAACAGGGAGUUCAAACGAUGGAUCUGGCAGUUAGAUGUUGCGAAUGAAAUUUCCAGGUGGCUUGAGGGUGCCCACUGUUUUCCCGACGGACUGAUAGCACUGAAGCAACGUAUGAUACGAUGCUUUCAGCCACUGCACCUGUCCCGCACUAUGGAUAUAAAUUCUGACCUUUCAGGUACGUUCCGGUCCGCGAAUACGCGUAUGACUUGUAUCCUCCGUAUUGCUACGGAUACGCCGUUAUAAUGAGCACUUUGGCGGUGAAUUUGUCGAUCGAUGCGAUGAAGGAGGUCAACAUGUUCCACAUGGACGAUGUGUUGUAUACGGGGGUUGUGGCGCCUCUUCGGGACAUACAAUUGUACGAUUUUAAAGGGAUCCGCACGCAGGUGAAUAUUUUUUUUUUUUUCUAGGUGCUAUCAGUCUGUCGGGAAAAUAAUGUGGAUUCGAUUUUUCAUGCGAUUUUCGCUGUGACAGGCUGCUUAUUAUUUUCCCGACAUACUGAUAGUACUUCGACAAGCUUGAAAAGAAUCGUAUUUUACGCAUAUACUCAGAUUUCCGGCCAUAUCCACGAAUCCGAGAAGAGAAAGAGCUUUUGCAAAAUUGGAUUGCCAUACCCCAUCGCCUUGCAUAACGCCAAAUCCCCCACGUCGAUGCAUUACUCCUACGAGUUGUUGAGGAAAAUGGACUGUAUCACAAACCCGAACGCCUAUCACAAACGACCAUAUACGUUUUAUGAGAAUUAA